AUGAAUGAAAGUAUUAGUGACCACAAUGAAAAAUUAUUUUGGAAAGUUUUUAGAAAUAAAUAUUUAAAUAUUGAAAUAUUUAAACAGUUAGAAUCAACAGAGAUUGAAUAUGACAGUUUUAGUAAAUAUAGCGUCUCAUCAAAGAUUAAAUAUAAAAAUAUAUAUUCCAUGGAGUUUAUGAUCAAUAAAAAUUUAUUUGAUCUAUUAGUGAAUAAAAUAAUAAAUAAUGAAUAUGUAAUAUAUGAAAAAAAAGCAAUUGCAUCAUUAAUUAAACUAUCAGUAAAUAAUAGUAAUAAUAAUAAUGAUAAUAAUAAUAAAUUGAUUGAAAUAUUUAAAUUAUUAAUGGAAAAAGAAAAGUAUCUAAUGGAAGGGUUGGAUUUAGUUACUAUUUCUAUUAGUUCAAGAAACUUUGAAAUUUUGAAAAUUCUAUUAAAUAAACCUUACUCUUUUCUUGUUAAAGAGACAGAUUUUAACGAUGCACUUCAAAAAUAUGGUGAUAGUGAAAUUGAAAAAUCAAUAUUACAGUUACUAGGAAAUCAAAUUAAUAUAAAUACAUUUUUAAUUGAAAAUAAUUUUCAAAUUAAAAAUUCAAUUCCCUUUUUUAAAAAUACAAUUCAAUUUAUUUUAAAUAAUCAAAAUAAUGAUGAUAAUAAUGAUGAUAAUAAAAAUAAUAAUAAUAAAUUAAUUAAGCUUUUAGAAUUAAAAAUUUAUUCAAUUAAAAAAGAUGAAAUAUUAAAUUUAGAAUUAAUAGAAAUGCAAAAUAAACUUUUAGAUUUAAAUUAUUUUAGUAAAGAAAAUUUUCAAAAUUCAAAUAUUUAUUGGUUUAAAGAAUUAUAUGAAUUUAAAGGAGUGAAAACAAUUUUCAUUCAUUUAAUUCUAUUAGUUUUUAAAAUUUAUUAUAAAAGAAAAUCAUUAAAUAUUCCAAAUGAAAUUGAAAUUGAAAUUAAUGAAAUUAUGAAUAAUUCAUUAUUAAUAAAGAAUGAAGAAAAAGAAAAAAAAUUAUUAAAAUUAUUAAUUAAUGAAACUCAAUCAAAUUUAUUAUUCAAACUUUAUUAUUAUAGAUAUUAUGAAAUUAUUGAAGGUUGUAAAUUAAGUAAAAUUGUUUAUAGAAAUUUAAAAACUUUUAAUAUUUUUAAAUUAAUUGAAUCUAAUAAUAAUAGUAAUAAUAAUAAAGAAGAAAUAAUAAGAAUAAUUAAAAAUUUCAUAAAUGUAUAUGAAUUUAAAAAUAAUGAAAAUGAUAAACAAUUGAUAAAUAAAUUUAGAAAUGUAAUAUUAAAUAAUUUAAAUUCAAAAGAAUAUUAUCAUAAAUUAAUUGAAACUAUUGGAAAUUCUCAAAUUAAAACAUUUGGUUUACCAAUUGAAUGGAAUAUAAAUCUUUUAGAUUUUUUAUUAGAUGAUGAAAUUAAUAAUAAAAUUAUAAUUAUAAAAGAUAAACAAGUUAUUGAUUGGUUAUCAAAUAUGCCAAGAUUAAAUAAUAGAAUAUUUACAUUUGAUAUAAAAACAAUUUAUUAUUAUAAAAGAAAAAAGAAUUUAAUACAAUUUCAAUCAUUAGAAUUAAUUGAAUAUGCAAUUAAAAAAUUAGAAACUAAUAAUAAUAAUAAUAGUAAUAAUGAUAAUUUACCACCUAUAAAAUUAGAAACAAUUAAUUGGUCAAUGGUAUAUAAUAAUCCAUUAAAAUCAAUUAUUGAUGAAUUUAAAUUUCAAAAUGAAAGUAUUAUAAAUGAAGAUGAAUUGAAUGAUAAAGUUACAUUUAAUUUAUUUAAAUUUUUAAAAUUUGAGAAAAAUGAAUUUACCAUUCUUGUUCAAUUAAUAAAAUACUUUAUUGAAAAAGUUUUAAAUAGGUAUGGUCAAGAUAAAAGCUAUGAAAUUUUAAAGAAUUUUGUUAAAAUUGAUAAUUUAUGUAAAUUUCAAAAAGAAACAUUAGAAUUAUUAGUACUUUCAACUAUUAAUUUAGAUUUAAUAAUGGUAAUGAUAAUUUUAAAUUGUGGUAUUGAUUUUACAAAUAAACAAGAUGAAAUUUUAAUAAACUUUUGGAAUGUUCAUAUUUUAACAAAUACUUCAAUAUUUUAUAUUCCAACAAUUAAUGGUAAUAUUAACUUUUUUAAAAUAAUCACACAUAUUAAACCUCAAUAUAUUAUAAAUAAUAUAAAAUUAUGGUGUGAACAAACUUCACUUUUAGAAUGUAAACAUUUAGCAAUUAAUCAUUUAUUUAAAAAAUUAAUUCAAACUAAAGGUACAACAUUAAACCAAAUUUUAUAUAUAAAAGAUUUUAUAAAUACAAUUAAUAAUAAUAAUAAUAAUAAUAAUAAUAAUAAUAAUAAUAAUAAUAAUAUAAUUAAAUUAGAUCAUUCAAAAUUUCAUUCAAUUCAUUAUUUAAAUUUAAAAUCACCAAAAUUAAUUUUAUAUUUAAUUGAAUCAAAUCAAAUAAGAGAUUGGAACUAUUUAUUAAUACCUCAAGUAUGUACAUUUGAAUUUAUUUUUAAAUCAUCAUUUGAAAAUUUAUUAGAACAUUUUUUUAAAAUAAUAUUAGAAAUUUUUAAUUUAUUUUCUCUUGAUAGUUCAAGUACAUUUAAUAGAAUUUAUAAUUUUCAAUUAAAUUAUUUAUUAAAUAUAAAAAGAAUGGAUUUAUUUUUUAAUCAACUUUUACAAACUAAACAAUUAUCAUUUAAAAAUAAAAUUAGUUUUAAAUUUAUUCAUCAUAAUAACUUUUUACAAUUAGUUAGUCAUUAUUAUUAUGGAAAUGGUAUGCAUUAUUUAAAACAAUUUAUGGAUAUUAUCAAUUCAAUAGAAUCAAAUAUUUGUAAUGAGUUAUUGGUUUUAAUUGAAUCAAUUCAAUUACAUGAUAAAAAUAUAAUUUCAUUCAUACUUGAUAAUUAUCAAAUUGAUAAAGAAAUUUCAGAAUUUUCAUUAUAUUGGUUUAAUUUCUAA